AUGGACACAUUCCAGCUAGGAUGUUCGGGCCUGAGUAUCCCAUGGCCAGCUAUACCUGGCGCGUCGGUUGAGUUCCUCACAGCGCACCUGGUCACCGGAAGAUCCGAGUACAUUCCGGAAAGCGUGUAUGUGAACCAUGGACCGGUCAACGUUACGGAUGUCUCGUACUGCGUUGUCUCGCUCGCCUAUACCCACACUCACCGGCUAGAGAUGGUGAAUACGGAAGUGUGGCUUCCGACUCAUGAUACGUGGAACGGACGGAUUAUGGGCUUGGGUGGCGGGGGCUAUCACUGUGGCUUGUUUUCUGCAAACAAGCUGGCGAUGUUGGCGGCCGUAGGGGAGGGCUAUGCGGCAGUAUCAACAGAUUGUGGCCGCAGCAUGCGAGAAGGAAUUGAUGAUUGGAUCCUUGAACGGCCAGGGAAAGUUGAUCUCCAUCGGCUCGAGGAUUUCGCAUCCGUCUCGUUGAACGAUGCAGCCAUCGCCGGAAAGAGUAUUGCUGAGGGCUUCUAUGGCAGGAAGCCUUCUUAUUCGUAUUUCAGCGGCUGCUCCCAGGGCGGACGCCAAGGGAUGAUGCUCGCGCAGAGAUAUCCCAACGCAUACGAUGGAAUUGUUGCUUCCGCACCUGCUAUCAACUGGGCAGAAAUCCUUGUUAGUGGAUUUUGGACGCAGUUCACCAUGAACCAACUCGACUCGUAUCCGCGGCACUGUGAACUGAACUAUCUCACUAGUAUGGCGAUUCAAAAUUGUGAUGCAUUGGACGGAGUUCGCGAUGAAAUUGUCUCAUUUAUAGACGCUUGUGACAUGGACGCCUUUGAAAUGAUUGGCACGGAUGUUCCAUGCGGCGAGGGAACGGUGCCGCUCUCUGUUUCAGCGGCGAUUGUAGUAAAUGCCGCAUGGAGAGGCCCAUUCACUACAAAUGGCACCAACCUUUGGAUGGGUGUUGAUGUCGUGAGUAAUCUCACUAAUGACUUAUCCUCCCAAUGUUCUCCCAAUGGCAUGUGCACCGGUUUACCUGUUGUAUAUUCGUCGGACUGGAUUAGGUUGGCCGUUGAGAAGAAUGCCAGGUUCGAUCUGAAAACAGUGACGCACGACAUGUACGUCCAGAUCUUCAAAGACUCGGUGAUGGAGUACAAGUCAAUCAUUGGCACGGAUGAUCCUGAUCUGUCAGAGUUCAAUAAACGAGGAGGGAAGCUCCUCUCCUUUCACGGCUUGGCCGACCCCAUGAUCCCUUCUAAGGGCACGAGGAGCUAUUACGAGACCGUUGCAGAAAGAGACCCUGAAGUUCGAAGCUAUUAUCGUCUCUUUGAGGCUCCUGGCCUCGGGCACUGCUGGAGCCCGGCGGGACUAUAUCCUUCAACGAUAUUUGACGACUUGGUAAACUGGGUCGAAGAAGGACAGGUUCCACGUUCUUUACCGGCUUCUUUUACCGAUGCAAGGAAUGUUAGGUAUAACAGGAUGAUUUGCCCUUACCCGGAGCGGGCAAUAUAUGAUGGAACCGGAGAUCCAACAUUGAGGAGCAGUUAUUCCUGUUCGGCAGACGGUCUGGCAUUUCACAGCAACGUUCGCUUGUAA